CUUUCUGAUUGGUAACCAUGGAUUCUAGACUCCAUGUUGGUAACUUUCUGAAUGAGAGUGCUAAGUAAAAAGCAAAUUUUCAUAAAUUAAUUAAUGACUUUAUCUUCUUCGUACUGAAAGAAAAUCUUAUUAAUACGUAAAGAAAAAAUAAGGAAACAAUAUCAUCUACAUAAUAAAAGUAGGGUUGCGAUUUGAAUUGGGAGGCAUUGCUCUUGAGUUUCAUAGCACUUGAAGAUUGUAGCCAAGAAAAGGUGAUCUUAAAAUUUGUUUCCACCACCCACGUGAAUGAAGACAUUUUUAUUUAUCUAAUCAGACUAUGAUAAUUCUCCAUGGUAUUUUAAAUGCAAUAAUUCCUUGGUGUUCUUUAUUAAUACCAUUGUAUAACUUUCAUCUAUUUGUAAUAACUUUACUUCUGUUCUUUGCUUCCACAGCCUUUUAAUAGAUAGGCUGGUAAUAUUAGAAACUAACAGUAACUCCAUAACCCAUUCUACAGAGAAACAUUCUUGUGAAGUUAUAAUUGUAGUUAUUAAAAAAAAAUCAAUUUUUAAUUAAACACAAAUCAGUUUUAAUUUUUUAAAAAUUGCUGUAUAAAUCUCUUUAAAAAGAUAAUUUAUCUAUACACUGGUUAAUACAGUGUGGGAUUAUAUAGAAUAUAAAUUUUUAAUUAGACAGUGACUUGCUUUGGUCUAGGGUUUAUGCUAUUAAGAAAGCUUACAUUUCUGGAAAUAAGAGUUCUACACAAAAAGGUCAAGUUACUUGAUACAUUCAUAUUCAUACUAAUGUGUAGUACUUGUAAUAAAUGUUUUUCACAGAAUAAUUAUCUGAAUGGGCACAAUCUUAUUCAUACAGGGGAAAAUACGUAUUUUUGUUGUGCAUAUGUUAUAAAAGCUUUUUGUUACAGUCGUGUUCAUCCUGGUGAGAAACCUUUUUAAAUAGUUUAUGUUAAAGUUUUUCAAUUACGGAAAAUUUAACGGUACACUAUCUUACCCAUACUGUUAAAAAAAUCUUAUUCAUAUUGUUUAAGCAAUAAAAGUUUUUCUCAAAUGAGUAAUUCGACAGAGUACAGUCGUGUGCAAUCUGGUGAAAAACUUUAUUCAUGCCGUAUUUGUAAUAAAGAUUUUGUACAAAAGGUUGAACUUACUCAACAUUUUCUAUUUCAUACUGGAGAGAAACCUUAUUCUUGUAGCAUAUGUAAUAAGAGUUUUACAAGAACUAGCAGACUGUCUAUGCACAGUCGUGUUCAUACGGGUAAGAAACCUUAUUCUUGUAGUAUAUGUGGUAAGAGUUUUUCAAGGAAGGAUAAAUUGACCGAGCACAGUUUUGUUCAUUCUAGUGUGAAGCCUUUUUCUUGUAGUUUGUGUAAAACAAGUUUUUCGAAAAGAAGUAGCCUAACUGUGCACGCUCGUGUUCAUACUGGUGAGAAACCUUAUUCUUGUAGUAUAUGUAAUAAAAGUUUUUCACAGAGUAAUCUGACGGAACACCAUCGUAUUCAUACUGGUGAGAAACAUUAUUCUUGUAGUAUAUGUAAUAAAAGUUUUUCACAGAGGAGUAAUCUGUCGGAACACCAUCGUAUUCAUACUGGAGAGAAACAUUAUUCUUGUAGUAUAUGUAAUAAAAGUUUUUCAAGGAAGGGUAAUCUCAUAAAACACUAUCGUAUUCAUACUGGUGAAAAACCUUAUUCUUGUAGUACGUGUAAUAAAAGUUUCUCAGAGAAGAGUACUCUGAGGAAACACCAUCUUAUUCAUACUGAUGAGAAAUCUUAUUCUUGUAGUACAUGUAAUAAAAGUUUUUCAGAGAAGAGUGAUCUGACAAAACACCAUCGUAUUCAUACUUGUGAGAAACCUUAUUCUUGUAGUACAUGUAAUAAAAGUUUUUCACAGAAGAGUACUCUGACAAAACACCAUCGUGUUCAUACUGGUGAGAAACCUUAUUCUUGUAGUAUAUGUAAUAAAAGUUUUUCACAGAAGAGUGAUCUGACAGAACACUAUCGUAUUCAUACUGGUGAAAAACCUUAUUCUUGUAGUAUAUGUAAUAAAAGUUUUUCACGUAAGAGUAAUCUGACAAAACACCAUCGUAUUCAUACUGGUGAGAAACAUUAUUCUUGUAGUAUAUGUUACAAAAGUUUUUCACAGAAGAGUGAUCUGACAGAACACUAUCGUAUUCAUACUGGUGAAAAACCUUAUUCUUGUAGUAUAUGUAAUAAAAGUUUUUCACGUAAAAGUAAUCUGACCGAACACCAUCGUAUUCAUACUGGUGAAAAACCUUAUUCUUGUAGUAUAUGUAAUAAAAGUUUCUCACAGAAGAGUACUCUGACAAAACACCAUCGUAUUCAUACUGGUGAAAAACCUUAUUCUUGUAGUAUAUGUAAUAAAAGUUUUUCACAUAAGAGUAAUUUCACGAAACACCAUUGUAUUCAUACUGGUGAAAAAUCUUGUUUUUGUAGUACAUGUAAUAAAAGUUUUUCACAGAAGAGUGAUCUGACAAGACACCAUUGUAUUCAUACUGGUGAGAAACCAUAUUUUUGUAGUAUAUGCAACAAGAGUUUUUCAAGGAAGGAUAAAUGGACCGAGCACAGUCUUGUUCAUGCUAGAGAAAAACUUUUUUCUUGUAAUCUAUAAGAAUUUUUUUUAAGAAGGACUAGUCUGACUGUGCACAGUUGUCUGCAUACUGAUGAGUAAUUUAUUCUUGUAGCAUUUAAAAUAUGAGUUUUUCAACAAAGAGUCAGCUGACAAAGGGUUUUUCAUACUGUGGAGAAAUUUUAUUCUUGUAAUAAAUAUAAUAAUAGUUUUUCCCAGAUAAUUAUUCUGAUUGUGCCCAAGCAUGUUCAUAUUGGUGAGAAACCGUAUUCUUGUAUGCAUAAAGAGCUCUUCAAAAAAAAAAAAAAAAAAAUAAUCUUAACUAAAAAGAGUCACUCUCACAUUGGUGGGAAAAUUUUAUCUUGUAACUUUGGUAAUAAAAUUUUUCCUUACCCUAAUAA